GGAGCCUUCACCAUAGCCCGCGUUACCAUGGCCACCCACUUGUCCAAGGAUCAGGAGGAGCGAAUCAAGUCUGUGAAGGGGGACCUGUUCUCCUGCCCCCAGACGGACGCCUUGGCUCACUGCAUCAGCGAGGACUGUCGCAUGGGGGCAGGCAUUGCUGUUCUGUUUAAGAAAAAGUUUGGAGGCGUGCAAGAGCUGUUGGAUCAACAAAAGAAGACUGGGGAGGUGGCAGUUCUCCAAAGAGAUGACCGGUACAUUUACUACCUGAUUACAAAGAAGAAAGUUUCUCACAAGCCAACGUAUGAUAGUAUGAGAAAGAGUUUGGAAGCCAUGAAAGCUCAUUGUCUAAACAAUGGAGUUACUGACAUUUCCAUGCCCAGGAUUGGGUGUGGACUGGAUGGCCUGGAUUGGAAUAAAGUCUCAGCAAUACUUGGGGAGGUGUUUGAAGACACAGAUAUAAAGAUCACGGUUUACACUCUGUGA